AUGUCUCUCUUCACUUGGUGCGCUCAACGCGCCGGUGGUCUGAGUAUGAUCGUUUUGAUUGCACUCUGCUACUGGGUCAUAUCGCGCGAGUCGACCACUGAGCAGCAUCGAUACAAGUAUGAGCAACCCAACAACCAGGGCACGUAUUACUCGUCCACGUCUACGACGGGCGCGGGCAUUUGGACCUACAUCUUCUCAUACUAUUGCCUCCUUAUCCAUGUUCUGGUCUGCGUCUUUCCUCUCCGCGCGUGCUGGACUGUCUGGACCCUCACACAAUCGUUGAAGCGCGCGGCGCAGAGCCAUUCGCUCCUUGACCUGAAGAAGCUCGCCUCGCGCCGCGACUCGUACACGUCAGUGUCGAGCUCAGAGACCCUCAUCUCUAGCCACAAUGGCGGGUGCUCCUCGACCACUAGCGAGGCCGGGGAUAUUGACCCUGAGCUUUACACAGACGGCGUGUCUGGCGCUGGUGACAAUGUUAUCCACGCCAUCAUCAUUCCCAACUACAAGGAAGAGCAUGACACCCUCAAAGAGACGCUCGAGGUUUUGGCUUCUCACCCUCAGGCGCAGGACUCGUAUGAUGUAUAUCUCGGAAUGGAGCAGCGCGAGGCCAAUGCCGAAACCAAGGCCUUGGGUCUAAUUCAGGAGUUUGCCAAAAAGUUCCGGUCAAUCGACUUUACGCUUCAUCCAUUAGAUAUCCCUGGUGAAGCAGCAGGAAAGGGUAGCAACAUUGGUUGGGCUGCGCGCAAGCUAAGCGAAAAGUACUCAAUGGGAGUGAGGAGAAACGUCAUUAUCACAGGAAUCGAUGCCGAUAGUCACCUCUCCUCCAGCUACUUUACAAUUCUCACCAACAUGCACUUGUCCUACCCCGAAACUGCGUUGACGACGGUGUAUUCGGCUCCUGUCAUUUUCGACCGCAACGCACACGCGGUUCCCGCCCUUGUCCGCGUGGCUGACAUUCUCUGGUGUGCUGCUGGCAUGUCAGGCCUCUACCCUGGCUCUACCAUCUCCCCUCCCACAUCUGUCUAUUCCCUCCCCUUGGAUCUGGUUGAUCGUGUGGGUGGGUGGGAUUGUGGCAGCGAGGCCAUCGGCGAAGAUCUUCACAUGUACAUCAAGUGUUUCUUCACCCUCAAUGGCAACUUGACUAGCCGCGUCAUUCACAGUCCCGUCAGCCAGAGCAACGUCACUGGUGGAGGCAGCACCUUGGGCGACGUUCGAGCCCGGUACAAGCAGGCCCUCCGUCACAUGUGGGGAGCCCUCGACACAGGUUUCGCGCUUCGCAGGCUGGUUGAGAUGUGGCAGGACCGAAAGCAGACUUCUCGAACAUAUCAGCCCCUUCACUGCACUUUCGCCGAUGCCAACAGCCUCGCCAUCCAUGAGAGCCAGCUUGGAAGUGAGGGCAAUGGCCAACCAUGUGAGAACGGCAUCUUCUCAGACAUCACCAAGGACACUAUCAAGGAACCUCACUGGGAACAUGUUUUCUACAUGAUGCACCGGCUUUUUGAAGCGCAUUUCCUCCCUGUUCACAUGGCUGUCUUGGUGCUGGCCUCGACUAUCUAUGUCAAACUUACAGAGGGCAACGAAGACCCCCAUGACCUUGCGUGGGUUUUCAGUUGGUGCAACGUGAUCCGUAUUUUUGGCUUCUUCCAGAUCAGCAUCUACGUCUUCUUAUAUGAGAGCUUCCACCGGGUCGGUGUGGCAAGCCGCGAGAGAGAGAUGGUCAAGGCAGGAUUGGCCAGCGAGAUGGACUUCUCUCGGCGAUCUCUUGGAAAGAACUGGGUUGAUUACCUUGUCAUUCCUGUUGUUGCUCCCCUGUACGGCACCAUCCCCAGCGCCCAGGCCCUGAUCUGCCAGUUGUGGGCUCAAGACUUGGUCUACACUGUAAGCAAGAAGGCAACACGACGACAAACACCGAUUGUGAGGGUGGACGAAAUGGCUUAG